AUGAUAAAGUGUGAGAUGAACAAGAACUUUGCCUUAAAUAACCAUACUGACUACCAAAUUCAAUCACAAACUAACUACCAAACAACUUACCAAAACAUUAUUCGUUAUACUUUUAGUGAUUGUCCUUGUCCAAUCAAUCCAACACUUUACACCAAUCCUAAUAAUCAACCAAAUACUAUUGUUCAACUGAGUUGUGUAAAUCAACAGUCCUCCAACAAUCAGUUGAGUGGUGUGAACCCUGGCCUUGGUGUUUACAGUGACUUAUGUGACAAGUUAAUAUACAUUUUGCGAAAUGUUGGUGUUGGUAUUAAAGAAAUACAUGACAGAGGAUUAAUACACAGGGAUUUGAAACCUGAUAAUAUCUUGGUUUGUUCAUCAAUUAUUGAUCAUAUUGUAAAUCCUAAAGAAAUUAGGAUCUGUGAUCUAGGAUCUGCCAAAAGGAAUAACAAUUUAGUUAAUGAUAAAUGUUAUAAGAAAUCAACUCCGUACAUCUGUUCCAGAUGGUACAGGGCUCCUGAAUUGCUUUUCGGAUCAACUCACUACGGGACGCCUGGUGUAUGUGUAAAUAUGAAUUUUUUCAUUUUUUCAUCAGCUUUUGGGUGUAUCUGUGCUGAAGUCCUACUACUGAAGCCACUGUUCAUACCACUAGUAAACUGUGAUUCUCAGCAAGUCCUCAGAAUUCUUGAUAUUCUAGGAUCACCGUCCAGAUAUGAAUUGGAGAAGAUGCUAAAAACAGUUCCAAGGGAAGGAAUAAAGGAGAAGGCUAAGGAGCUGUUCAAGAUUUACGAGUCUAAUAAAAAACUUGAUAUAAUCGUUGAUAACUUAUCAAAAGGGAACUCGAAAUUGGAGGCGAUUGGAUUGGUGGCCAAAUUACUUCUCAGAUGGUGCCCUAAGGAUAGAAUUUCCAUAUCAGAGGCUCUAGAAAUUUUAAAUAAUUGUUAA